AUGGUAAUUACGAGAAGCCAGCAAGAGAACGCAACCACCGAGUACCCCUAUGGGAUGCCCCGAGACAAUCCUAGGCGACAAGUUAACCACAACGAAGAAGGGGAGGAAGAACUGCACACAGCUCGGUCUCCACCUCCCGAUCCGUCCUCGGCCAUUGAGCAGUUGAAGGCUGAAAUGAUGGAACUUAGGAGGCUGCGAGAGAGAGAUGCUCACGAGUUAUCAGUCCUGAGAAGGGAAAACGCUGAGCUCAGGAGUGACAACCGGUCUUGGCACCCAUCUCAUGAUCUCCCCAAUACCCAAUCAACAAGGGAUCAUGGGGAAUCGUCAGGAUGGUACAAAGAAACAAGGGACCUUAAGCCCCCCGCGGGAGCAACAACCACUACGCUCGAUCAGCAGCGACGACAAGGAAGAACCCCGUUUACCCCGGAUGUUGCUGGAGCGCGCCUACCAGACAAUUGGAAAAACAUGACCUUGGAGAAAUUUGACGGAACCACCGACCCUGAGGAACAUCUCGAUGCAUUCGUAACCCAAAUCAGUCUAUACACGGACGACGAAGCGAUCAUGUGCAAAGUCUUCCCCACCUCACUAAGGGGACCAGCUCUUAAUUGGUUCACAAGGCUUCCGCCCGGGUCGGUUGAUUCAUUCACAACCUUAUCAUCCCGUUUUGUGAUACAGUUCGCCACGAGCCGUCCUCAUCAACUUACGUCAAUCGCUUUGAUCAACAUACGCCAAGAAAAGAAAGAGUCUCUAAGAACUUUCAUGGAGAGGUUCGGAAAGAUGACCCUAUCCAUCCGCAACCUGGACCCGGCUGUGGCAAUGCAUCACCUGACCACAGCGUUACGACCCGGCCCCUUUGUCAACAGCCUGUGCAAGAAACCGCCCCGAGACCUGGAUGACUUGAGGCCGAGGGCCACCAAAUAUAUGCAAAUGGAAGAACUGGUUGAGUUUUGGAGCCAAAGUCGGUCCGAUUUGUUUCUCCCAAAAAAGGAGAGUGACAACCAACCACUUAGGUCACGACCCAAAGACAUGCCUGACCGAGACAAGAGUAAUAGGGGGUCGAGAUACAUGCAAUACACGCCGCUUAACACCAGCAGGGCCAAGGUGUUAGAGCAAGCUCUAGCCACAGAAGUACUAGCCGUCCCUCGAAAAGCUAUGACCCCGCCUCGCGCCGACAAGACGAAAACAUGUCAAUUCCAUUGGAAUAGGGGACAUACGACUGAGGAAUGCUCGGCUCUUCGGGAUCGCAUCGAAGAUCUCGUCAACGCUGGCCAUCUCCAAAGUUUCGUCAGGACGACAGAUAACAAAAGAGUUACUAUUGCCCUGGUAGAGGGGAGUAUAGACGAGACCGAGCACCUCCACGAAACCGAUCCCGAGAGCGCAGUAGGUCCCAAGAACGAAAUGAUUAGCGGGACCGUAACCAGCCCAGGCGAGUGA